UGAGCGGCCGAAGAAGCGCCAGCGCUCUCCACAGGCCCAGUCCCCACUCUCUCCCUCCUGACCCCCUCAGCUCAGCCCCCCUCUCUCCUCGAGAUCUCCCACGGGCCAAGGCCAGGAGCCAACAAACGCAAGGCCACCGCCGCCUCUGCGCCUACGCAGUCGCCGUUCUGCGAUCUUGCCCGCCGCCGCCCGGAGAUAUGGCGAAGGCGUUUUACGCGGUAGGUUUCUGGAUCCGGGAGACCGGUCAGGCCCUCGACCGCCUCGGCUGUCGCCUCCAGGGGAACUACUUCUUCCACGAGCAGAUUUCAAGGCAUCGCACACUUAUGAACAUCUUUGACAAAGCCCCUCAUGUUCACAAAGAGGCAUUUGUCGCUCCAAGUGCAUCCCUUAUUGGCGAUGUUGAAGUUGGGCAAGGGUCUUCAAUUUGGUACGGAUGCGUCUUAAGAGGUGAUGCAAAUAACGUUCAAGUUGGAUCUGGGACCAAUAUACAGGAUAAUUCUGUUGUGCAUGUGGCAAAAUCUAAUCUAAGUGGCAAAGUCUUUCCAACUAUCAUUGGCGACAAUGUCACAGUAGGGCAUAGUGCUGUAUUACAAGGAUGCACUGUUGAGGAUGAAGCUUUUGUUGGUAUGGGAGCUACCCUGUUAGAUGGUGUUGUUGUGGAAAAGCAUGGGAUGGUUGCUGCUGGAGCCCUUGUAAGACAGAACACGAGGAUCCCUUGUGGAGAGGUAUGGGGUGGAAACCCUGCAAAAUUUCUGAGGAAGCUCACAGACGAGGAGAUCGCUUUUAUUGCGGAAUCAGCUGCCAACUAUUCCAACUUAGCCAAGGCACAUGCUGUUGAGAAUGCUAAACCCUUGGAAAAGAUUGAUUUUGAGAAAGUGCUGCACAAGAAAUUUGCUCACGAGGGCGAUGAACACGAUUCCAUGCUUAGUGUCACUCGAGAGGUCCCUCCAGAGCUGGCGCCCCCCAGUCCUACUCCUGCCCAAUAAGCUUUUCUUAUCACCACCUUCAGUUUGGAUUCUUAUAUCUCUAUCUGUCCAGUGAGUUUGGCAGUUUACUUUUACUUCAGUAAUUUUGGGUCAAGCAAUAUUUCUAAAGCUGACCAUGUACUUCAGUUUCUGUAUUCCAUAUGUUCAAGAUCCAUGGAACAAAUAGAUCCAUUUCGCACAAAUUUACCAGUAGCAUGCGCUGUGUGCAUAGUUUACUCUGGCUGAAAUUGCGAGAUGCACUGGAGGCAGCACAUGAACUGUUGGCCUGUAGUUAAAUGCUUAAUUGAAUAAAUAUUUUGAUAACAAAAGGUACUGAAGGAUAAAUUUUAUUGGUGAA